AUGUUCCGUGUACUAGCCCUUUUUGCAAUUCCUACCAUUCUUUUCGCUUGUUCUCCAACUCCAUUUGGUCAAGAGGUGAGAGUGAACUUCCUGGUGGACGGACUUAUGAAGAUACCCAUGGAAUUUGCAUACUUUAUCGAUCAAAAGGAUGCACAGACAAAGUAUCCCAAAUUCCCUACAUCAGCAACAGAAGCCGUCGCAAAUCUUCGACGUCUUGUGAAAAGCGCGGUGACAAGGGGUAUUAAAGAAGAGGCUAGACGAGCAGGAAUAGAACCUCUUGUGACAAACAUCGCAUCUCAGAUCAUUCCCACAGUGUAUUACAAUCCAAUGAAUUGCUCAAAAGCUGGGGCAACGGCUGAUGAACCACCAAAGAAUCCUGGCUUUUUUUGCGUAGUGGAGGGGACUGAACUAGUAAAAAAUGUGGCUUACAGCAAAGACAACACUGCAGAAAUUCCUCUUCCAUAUCAACGAUUUACAGUCAGCUUAUCUGUGAGUUUCUUACUCUGAUA